CAUUUCAGCUCUGCCAACCUGAAAGAAAACGAACAAGCAUGUCUUCCUUUCUCAAAAAGUCGUGUCUGUGCUAAAGACGUGUUUAAAUACUUUUUUAGUGUUUUAACAGAACAGCCGCAAAAAUGUCCGGUACAACCGCCACUAUUCGCACCCGCAAGUUCAUGACCAACCGCCUGCUGGCCCGUAAACAAAUGGUUUGCGAUGUUUUGCAUCCCGGUUUAGCGUCAGUCAACAAGAAGGAUAUCCGUGAGAAAUUGGCUGCUAUGUACAAAGUAACCCCCGAUGUAUGCUUUGUGUUCGGUUUCCGCACAAACUUUGGUGGCGGCCGAUCAACUGGCUUCGCCCUCAUCUACGAUACUUUGGACUUCGCCAAGAAGUUCGAACCUAAAUACCGCCUGGCGCGUCACGGUCUCUUUGAACAGAAGAAACAGACCCGCAAACAGCGUAAGGAACGCCGCAACAGAAUGAAGAAGGUUCGUGGUACUGCCAAGUCCAAGAUCGGUUCCGCCAAGAAGUAAAUACGAAGCGGAGUGUAAAAAAGAUACAACAGAUGUUCCGAAGUAUCAUUCUCCUUCACAAUAUAUAAGCGGUGCAUAUUUUCAACUUAUUUUUAUCUAAAAAGUAUGCAGUCUUACUUUGUUUACUAUUCAAGUGAAGUGUGCUAGCCAUAUUGUAUAUGUGCGGGGGAACACGACGGUCUUAUUUGUUUCUUAAUUUUUAUAAGUAAAUAAAAUUACAUUUUAAAAUUAAAAAAAAA